AUGGCCAAAUCUCUAUUCACUUCCCUUGUGUUUGGUUCGGGAUCUCUCGCCGUCCAUUCAAUAACGACAAAUCGAGCCCUCACAAAUACCAAAAACAAGCAACAACAACUCAGAACAACCUGCAUCAUGGUACAGCAACUCAUCAGUGCAGUCUUGGGCUUCCCAAGAAUCGGUCCAAACCGUGAACUCAAGAAGGCUAUCGAAUCCUAUUGGGCUGCAAAGCUCACAGAAGCUGAAUUAAUUACAGCUGCUGCUCAGAUUCGCAAAUCAAACUGGCAACAUUUGUCUCAUGCUGGUGUUGAUUAUAUUCCAAGCGGUGACUUCUCCUUGUAUGAUCAUGUACUUGACACUCUUGUCAUGAUCAAUGCAGUCCCUGAACGAUAUGAGUCCAGCGCACUCUCUCCAUUGGACAAGUACUUUGCUAUGGGUCGUGGUCAUCAGGAUGCAUCUCGUGGUAUUGAUCUUGCCAGUAUGGAAAUGAAGAAAUGGUUUGAUACCAACUAUCACUACAUCGUACCCGAAAUCUCGCCUUCAAUGAAAUUCAAGUUGGGCAUCAACAAGCCACUCCAAGCAUAUAAAGAGGCGAUGGCAUUUGGCAUCCAAACCAGGCCAGUACUCCUUGGUCCCAUCACCUUCCUGGCCAUCUCCAAAGCCAGUCACGAUGCUCCUGUUGGAUAUACUCCAAUGGAUGCAUUAGAUGAUGUGGUGGCAGUAUAUCUAGAAAUCUUGGAGGGACUCAAACAGGAAGGCGUAGAAUGGGUCCAAAUCGAUGAACCAAUUUUUGUGCUUGAUCGUGACGAGUCUCUUACUCGUCACCUCUUUCCUGUAUAUACUCUAUUGGCCAAACAUGCUCCUAAAAUCAUGUUGGCUACAUACUUUGGACGUCUGGAAUCGGCUUUGGAAGUCAUUCCAUCUCUACCCAUCGCUGGUCUUCACAUCGACUUGUCUGAACGUGCUGGCACGGAACACUUGAAGCCAACUAUAGCAGCAGUCAAGAAGCACACGUCUCUAGUCUUGUCAUUGGGUGUCAUCUCUGGUCGUAAUGUCUGGAAGACCGAUUUGAGUAACGUCAGUAAACUGGUUGCUUCAACUGUAGGAGAAUUGGGUGCUGGUCAUGUACAAGUUGCAACCUCUUGCUCCUUGUUACACGUACCAAUCACAUUGGCAAACGAACUUCAUCUCUCCGCUGAGCAAAAGGAAUGGCUUUCUUUUGCUUAUGAGAAAUGUGAUGAAUUGACUGCCUUGGCUAAAUACGACGACGUAAAACUUAAAGCCAAUCAUCAGCACAUCCAAGCCCGUCGUACAUUUGAACAUACCUCCGACAAUGCAGUCCGUGAACGAGUUGCUGGGAUCACUCCAGAUAUGAUGAAACGCAGAAGUGCUUUCCCUGAACGUCGUCAAGUUCAGGAAGCAAAGACUCCUUUACUACUCUUCCCUACUACCACCAUUGGAAGUUUCCCUCAAACCAAGGAUAUCCGAAAUGCUCGUGCUCAAUUUGGUAAAAGUCUCAUCACUGCUGCUGAAUAUGAAGAGGCUAUGGAAGCUGAGAUUGCCAAAGUCAUCAAAUUCCAAGAACAAGUUGGAUUGGAUGUUCUUGUUCAUGGUGAACCGGAAAGAAAUGAUAUGGUUCAAUACUUUGCAGAGCAAUUGAAAGGAUUUGUGUUUACGGACCAUGCUUGGGUACAAAGCUAUGGUACUCGUUAUGUACGCCCACCUAUCAUUGUCUCUGACAUUCAUCGACCCGCUCCUAUGACUGUAAGAUGGAGCUCUUACGCCCAAAGUCUCACUUCCAAACCAGUCAAAGGCAUGACUACAGGUCCAGUAACUAUCUUGAACUGGUCAUUCCCUCGUAUUGACAUCUCUCGUGAGCUACAAUGCAAGCAAAUUGCAUUUGCUCUGCGAGAUGAAUGUUUGGACCUUGAAAAGGCUGGCAUUGUGGUGAUUCAAGUUGAUGAACCAGCUAUUCGUGAAGGUCUUCCUCUUCGUCGUGCUGACUGGAACUCCUAUUUGACUUGGGCUGUUGACUCAUUCAAGUUGGCUACAUGCGCUGUCAAGGAUACGACUCAAAUUCACUCUCACUUUUGCUACUCAGACUUCAACGACAUCUUCGCUUCAAUCAAGAACCUUGAUGCCGAUGUUAUCUCCAUUGAAGCUUCGAAAUCAAGCAUGAAAUUGCUUCAAGUUUUCAAAGAUCAAUCAUACACCAACUUUAUUGGACCAGGUGUUUACGACAUUCACUCACCUCGUAUUCCAUCGGUACAAGAAAUCCAAGAUCGUAUUGCUGAAAUGCUCAAGGUCAUUCCUGCCGACAUUCUGUGGAUUAACCCAGAUUGUGGCUUGAAAACACGACAAUGGCCUGAAACUGAAGGAGCUCUCAAGAACGUCGUUGAAGCUGCUAUUUGGUGA